AUGGAGUGGGAAGUAAAAGAGCUCGAUAUGGUGGGUGUGGCGGAUAGUGCGGCUAAAGUUGUGCCAAUAAUAGGAAGUAUUAAAGGUCUUUUAUUGGGGGCGGCGGCUAGUCCGUUGUUGUUGGUGUCGAUCUAUUUCUUCAAGGCGAGUCCGCGGUUCUUUUCGAAAGAACAUACAAUAUCCUUACUGCUGUACGUGUGCAGUGUUUUGCUGGCUAGUAUUGGGGUGAUUUGGUACGGACUGUCUUCGGUAGUGGCGGCCUUUCAGAUCUUGCCGCUGUUGAAUCAGAUCUUUGUGAGCUCAUUUGCUUUCAAAAUAGAGAGCUUUGUUUCAGUUUGUCUCUCUGGGAUUAGUAUCUAUUUUGCGAUUAUUGGGCAUAGGGGGACUACUUUGGUGGUGCCGUUGUCCUGGGUGGCUGUGGUGGGGUUUUUGGCAGUACUGGGCUUGACGCUUUGGCGGAUGACGGCUAGUGACCGAGGACUGGCCCGGAGGAUUGAGGAGAUGAAGAUAUCGGAUUUAUGGUGCACGAUCUUCUUUUCUUUGGAGGCCGCGAUUGGAUUUGCCGCGAUUUGCUCGUUUUCUUCGUUCCUUCAUCUGGGAGUGGUUCUGUUUGGCGGUCUGACCAGUAUGUGCUUCUUGGUGCCAAUGGAGAAGGCGCUGUAUUUCUAUCCAGCCACCGCCGUGAUUCCUAUUUUUACUAUCUGCUUUAGAAUUGUGGCUGAGCUUAUUGCCAUGCAGUCUUAUACGGGCGGCUCUAACUUCUUUAUUGCUAUUUCAUUGGUAACUGGAAUACUUUCGGCUCUUUUUCCUUUGAUUCUCUUUUGA